AUGCACGAAUCAUUGCGACGUUUCUUGGAGUGCGCAACGUGCUCAAUUCGAUUUUCAAAUCAAGUCCGACAAUCGCCGAUGAUUCGAAACAAAUUGAUUCAAUGUUUCGCUUGCACAUCGAAAAGUAUCUACUCCCCAUCGGGUGGCGGAGAGAAUGGCGAGUUGCCGAUUCAGUAUCGAUGGUUGAGCAGUAUUCUCGCAUAUUCGGAAGAUCCAUCAAUCUGGGUGGCUUCUUUUGAGAAUCAAAAUUGUGCUUUCCGAAAUCCAUUCCGAUGUCCACUGUGCGCGAAACUUUUUUCUCCAGAUCAACGCGGAGUCGUGCUGUCUUGUGGACAUGCCAUUUGUGAGCCGUGUUAUUUUGAUCAGGGCGAUUGCUCAUCGUGUUCAUUAGCUGAAAAGGCAACUCAGCGAUACAUUCAAUCACAAGAGAUUCAACAAGAAUUUAAUGAUCUCAUCGAAGCGAUCCGAGUGCUAGGAAUGCCUGGAAGAGGAAGAGGAAGACCCCGCAAAAUCGACUCGAUGGUGAAAAAAGUGGCACCAAAACGACCAAAACUAGUAAAAGCCGUUGAUCGGAAAAGGCAAAAGUCCUGCUCUCUGCCUUGCCAAACAAUACCCGAAGCAACUCUGGUUUCGGAAGUGAAAGAAGAAAGUCAAGGUUUCUACGUGCAUUUGCCCAUCUUAAACUACACGAAUCUGUGCCCCGAUGAUCAGCCCUGUCACUCCCAGUCGUUACCAAAAAUCAGUGAGAUGAAUGUGGAAGAUGAUGAUGAUGAGAUCACGAUUAUUGGAGUGAAAAUCAACGACAAUCCCGAGAUUUUUCACAUUUCGACCGAGUUGAAAGCGGUGAAUCCGCCGAAUUUUGAUGAAACGGUCGGAUCGGUUGAUUGCAGUGAGUGCAAGAGAAAUACUGACACCAACGAUAUGUUCUUGUGCAGCACGUGUGAGGAUAAAAUGUUAUGCUCACUGUGCAUGUUCCGAUAUCAUCAGAAAAUGGGGCACAAUGUGCGUGAACUCAUGCAAGACAAGCUCAAUUCCCUGAUCACUGCGACGAAAGAAUAUGUCCAAUAUCAAUGCACAGCAAAUAUCGAUCCGAUCACUCAAGACUACGAGUCACUCAACCAAAGCUUACAAAUUUUGUCAAAAUUACUUUCGGGGACACUAGAGAAGAUCAACGCCUUGACUUGUCUCGAAACUGCGAAAUCGGGUCUACAUUUGUUGUCGAGAUUGAGCACAACACUGAAGAAGGAUACACAAGAAUUCUCUAAACCCAUGAAGGCAUACAAUAAACGAAUUCGGCGAAGCAUCAAAGAGAUCAACAAGGCUUUUCCCUGUGAUCCCUUAUCUUCCACAAGCGAUCAACCCAGUCCCACAUCUGUUGUCGUUGUCGAUAUCGAUUUUGAGAAUGUUACAACGGAUGCUACU